UCGCAGUCGCACAUCGAAUCGAUACAACUUGACACGCAAUAAUGGAACGUUUCUCAAUCAUCCUUUUGUGUCUUCUGUGCUUCGGAGCGCUCAAAGUCAUCGAGGCUCAAGAUACGACGAAAUACAACUGCACCGAAGUUGGGUUUUUCGAGAUCGUCGAUGGAACGUGUCGAAAUUAUUACAUGUGCAUAGAUGACGGCCAACAAUUGACGCCGGUGAUGUUGUCAUGUGCCAAUUCUGCCAUAUUCGAUCCUGAUCAAGGCAAAUGCGUGCCCAAGAAUUCGACUACGUGCGAGCAAACUCCACUCUGCACUCGAUACGGCAGAUUCCCGAUACAGGACGUAUAUUGUAAGAUGUAUUAUCUAUGUUACUGGAAUGGCACCUCUUACACCAUAAUGGGCAAUCUCUCGUGCCCGAAAACGUUAGUGUUCCAACCGACAUCGGAGAAAUGCGUGUUGCCAGAGAAAUACGUAUGCUCAGGAAUACAAUCAAAUUAUGCAAAUGCAUCGAUGCAAUCUGCAUAAGAUGUAAUGUUUUAUGAAAACAGAUGUAUCAUUAUGUAAUUAUAUAUUAACAAUUAUUAAAUAAAAUCAA